CACACUGCUCUUAUUCAUUAAGGUCACCUGACCCUCACCUGAGCGACACGAGCCCGUGCGCCAAAGCAAAGCUAACCACCACUUUUACUCUAGGUUAAGCGACUUUCUACCUGUUCAAGUAGGUCCAAACAAACUCAGUGUGCAUAAGCAGUAAACCACCCAGCUACUAAAUGUCUGGAAACGGGUUAGUCCACAGUAUCCAGAGGUUAAUAAACUCCGAGGAGCGGCUGAGGACUCCGAGUCCGUUCGACCAUCUCCGACAGCAGAUGAAUGAUGUGUUGGGAGAUGGAGGCAUCCUAAAGGAGGUGGUCCAACCUGGAGAGGGCCCACCUGUACCUCAAAACGCUUCUGUACUGAUCCAUUAUUCUGGUUUUCUGGAGUAUUCUGCUGAACCUUUCGAAACUACCACAAACUUAAAGUACCCCCGGAUGAUGAAGUUAGGCAAAGAUUUGACGCUGGCCGGACUAGAGCUCGGACUGUUAACCAUGCGGAAAGGAGAGUUCUCUCGUUUCCUCCUCCAGCCGUGCUAUGCAUACGGGGACAUGGGUUGUCCUCCUUUCAUCCCCGCUGCUGCCGUGGUUCUGUACGAGGUUCACAUCCUCGACUUCCUCGACUCGGGACAAGUGGAUGAAUUCAUUGCACUGAGUCCGGAGGAGCAGAACACAGUUUCUCUGUCGAAGCUUCUUGAAGUUGUCAACACAGUCCGCAGCUUUGGCAACCGUUGCUUCAACCAAAGCCAUUACGACAAUGCCAAACGUCGCUACAAACAGGCACUGAUGCUGCUGGAGAACAGAGAGACAGAGAGAGAAGCAGAGAAGGAGGGGAUCAGGACGGCGCUGCUUCCUCUCUUCCUGAACCUUUCUCUCACCGAGCUCCGCCUGGACAGCCCACACAAAGCCUUGAAAUACGGCAACAAAGCCUUGGAGAUAGACUCAGCCAACACAAAGGCUCUUUUCCGCUGUGGACAGGCAUAUCUGGAGCUGCGUGAGUACGAGAGCGCCCAGGGUUGCCUCAUAACGGCUCAAGCGAGGAAGCCCUUUGACACUGACAUCAACAACCUACUGAGGAAAGUGGCAAUGUCAUACAAAGACACGUUGGACAAAGAGAAAGACAUGUGCUCCAGGAUGUUCAGAGGCUUGAGGGACAAGUAAAGAUGUGAAGAUGAGUCAAAAGAGAAAAGAGCUCAACUUCUCUGUAGUUCAACCUUUUGUAUGUUAUGAAGGGAAUAUUCUUGUACAGUUCUUUGAUAUUCUUUGCUUGCCCAUCUGCGUGAUUCUGUUUGAAUAUGUGCUCUGCAGAGUUUACUUUCACCUUGAAUGAAUCUGAAGUGGCUGCGUUUUUCAAUUUAGUAGCUGCCGUGCUUGAGAUUCUCUCUAUAAAGAGUUGCUGGACUGUUGCCCAGUACACAGAUAUUUGCAUGUGUUUUGAGCACUGUUGAGGUGGUGAUAAUAAAAAUAAUAAAAAGAUUUCAACUGUAA